AUGGUAUCUUCCCAGCUCGAGGUUGUUUCCUCUUCGCCUUUCGGUUGUGUCCUGAGGGAUCACGACCGUAAAGAGCGAUGCCGAGAGAGCAAUGCCAGAAAUGUGCAGGCCAUGUUCGACAAGAAUUUCGAUGACUUGGUUCGAGAUCACAUCAAUGGCUACGUAUCUCUGCCUUCCCCUCAUGGUUCAAAAAACCAAAUCUCCCACAAUAAUGUUGUUUCUUGGGUCACAAGUGAACAAGCCAAUGCUAAUCAGCAGCAGCAGGAGCACGACAUGAAAAACAACAUCCCUUCUGCUUCAACAAUCAUCCCUAGGCCGCCUCCGGUUCUCAAGCGAUGGGUGAGUAUGAGGUACCGAGAACAUGUGAAUGAAGCUACAGAACCAACAACACCAAUGCCGUCGGCUUCUACCAGGAAAAAUGCUCAAAACUCACCUAGUCAAUGGGAGAAUACGUCGGCCAAGCACAAUCUCGGCGCUUCCUCCCUUGUUCAAAUAUGGGAGGCCAGGUCGUUAAAUCGAUCCAAGUCAUCCAACUGCAUAAAUUCGAACCAGAAUCAAAGCCAAAGCAUGGAUUCCAACACUAGCAGGACAGGUACUUGUGUAAGCUCUAACGAGAAUAAUGCCAUGGAAGGACUAUCAACAAAUGAUCCAUUUGACGAGAAAUAUGUGAACCGAACAAACAAUAGGGCUUUUUUAACAGUUUGGGAGGCGGCUAGUGAAGCAUCUUGUUCUUCGUGUAUCAGGACUUUCGACACGUCGAAAACUGAAAGAGUGAGAAUUGUGGAUAUCAUCAAGAAAUUGAAAAAUGGAGGGGAAGAUGCGGAUGAUCAUGAACGUGGCAAUAACGACCACAAGCAUUGUUCAACAUCAGAUCAAGCAGAGCAGUGGUGUUUCUCAGUGGCCAUAAGCUCGCCCCAAAUACGCGGGCGACAAGCAUUCAACGAUUUGCUCAUACGGAAAGAGCGAGACAAGAUUAGGGAGUUGGAUUCACUAGUGAAACGCAAGCCAGUUUCGAAAUUUCCGAAGCGUGGCCGUCUUCAGUCGACGCUAAAGCUUAAAAGUCCACAACGCUGCCAGACAAUUCAAGAUAGAUGUCGUCUACAAUCACCAAGGGCUCACCGGAACCGAAUCCCACAAUGGCCUACCAUUACGCAACUCAGGGAGAAGUUUAGUACUGGUUCCGAGCAUCUCAGGACACCGACGGAUGUUUCAGCUACUUCGAGAUUCCUUCAGAAUGACACAAACUCCACUUGCAUGCCCCAGCAAAGAGAAGAUACCCAUUGCCAAAAGAGAGAUCAGAGUUCAUAUCCGGUUAAUCGUUCAACAAUGAACACAAAUGGAGAUGUUUAUGAACAGUCCAAGCCACUUUCAGAUGCCAUACAACAGAUAUCAGGCCCUGCAAAGGCAACGACGCCAUUGGAGGGUCAACUGGAAAAUGAGGUUGCCGAAAAGCAAGGGUCCAAUGGCCAACAACAUCUCUUACUUGACUCGCAAGAAACUGCAAAAACAAUAACUCAAAAUGAGGUUGCAGAGCAAGAAAAGGACCAGCAUCAUCAUCAUCUUACUCUUGAAUCGCAAGAAACCAUGGAAACACCGACAUCGAUGAAUAGUAGCAUAGACAAUGAGAUAGGUGAAGGAGAGGGUAACGGUGAUCGGCAGUACCUUGGCCUAGACUCUCGGUCUGAGUGUACUGUAGUGAAAUCAUCAACAUCCUACGUUAAUGACAGUAACGAGAAUGAGGUAACAGGAGAAGAAGAGGAUCAUUACCAACAAUAUUUCGUUGAAAGUAAUGAUUAUGACUGGUUUACUGAUAUAUCUCGGCCCAAAAGUCACUGGGAAAGCUUAAGGAAAGCAUGGUACGAAGAAGUGCUUAACGCCACCUCAAAAAAUGGAGAGAUACGUCAGCUCGUUGAAAGGGGAAGAGUGUCAAGUUUACUUGCCAGUGAUUUCACAGAAAGCAUGGACCGGCUAUUGACUUGCCGCAUACAAGUGCAGGCAGAUGGAGCUGAAAAUCAACAAGUCGUUGACGAUAAUUACGAUUCAACUUCACUUGGCAGUGAUUUCGUGGAUAGAAUGAAUCGAUUAAUGACUUCUGGGGCACAAUGUCAAGCAGAUGAAGCUCAAAAUCAGCAAGAGGUGGAGGGUAAGGAAAAAACGGUCCAACCGAUGUCUUGUAAAGAAGAAGACUACGACGACGACAAAGAAGAAGAAGAAGAAGAAGAAAGGAGCUUAAGCAGCCAUCAAUGUCAUGAAGCCAAUAACUACUAUGAUCAUUCAUCAUCGUCUUUGCAAUUGCCUUCACCGUCUGCUUUGAGGUCAUGGAGUUCUCAAGAUGGUAACGAAACUGGUAACGAUUAUGAGCGCUGUGCGUCUGAGUUUUCACCUCCACCGCAACAGUCUCAGGCUCAUUGUUAUCAGGAUGCUAGACAGUCGUCUUCUUCAAUCGGUAUGGGACUCAUAUAUGAUUUAAGAGGGGAUAUCCAGCAACUUCGCCAUGAGAUGAGUGAGCUUAGGAAAUCGAUGCUGAGCUGCAUGGACAAGCAGAUGAAAUUUCAACUCCUCUCCUUUAAUUGGAAAGUUCAUUCGGUUGAAGAGGAAGCAAAGAAUUCAACAAAUAGGAUACCAUGGAAACGUAGUUGUUGUAUUUGCUACGAAAUGCACGUGGACUCAUUUUUGUACAGAUGUGGGCACAUGUGUACUUGUCUGAAAUGUGGGAUUGAAUUACAAUGGAGGAGUGGAAAGUGCCCAAUAUGCAGUGCUCCAGUCCUGGACGCUGUGCCAGCCAAGUUAUGA